AUGUUAUUAAGGAGCGGGCGACGAACAUCGACAGACUCUGUUAACAUCACUGAUCGGCAAGCUGAAUAUCCUAACUACCACGAGCCUAACGUUUCAGAGGAUAUCAACAUGGCCAACCAGACCUUGAAGCAAUUGGCCGCACCUAACUUGGCUGCGCAUCCACCAUCUAUCACGUAUCCUACCCUUGAUAGGCCAUUAAAGCUUAAUUCGGGAUUCUUGAAUUUGUUGCCAAAAUUCAAUGGGUUACCAGGUGAGGACCCUUACCGUCAUAUUAAUGAAUUUCUAAUUAGUUGUUCAACUAUGAAGCCAGAUGGCAUUGAAGAGGAACAAAUCAAGCUCCGGGCUUUUCCUUUCUCAUUACAAGGUUUGGCGAAGGACUGGUUAUAUUAUAUGCCACCAGGCUCAUUCACAACUUGGACAGGGUUACAUAAAGCUUUCCUUCAGAAGAAUUUUCCGGCAUCAAGAAUAGGGUCAAUCAGAAAGGAAAUUUGUGGAAUUAAGCAGCUGGUAGGUGAGUCACUAUAUGAGUACUGGGAAAGAUUUAAACGGCUAUGUGCGAGUUGUCCACAGGAUCAGAUUAGUGAGCAACUUUUAGUGCAAUAUUUUUAUGAAAGGUUGACACCGCAAGAUCGAAGAAUGAUCGAUGCAGCGAGUGGGGGUGCAUUGGAUGAUAAAACUCCUGAGCAAGCCCAAAAUUUGAUCGCUAAUAUGGCGCAGAAUACACAGCAAUUCGGUCUCAGGAGAUCCGAUAUGGGUAAACGAAUGGAUGAAGGCCAGUCGAGCAUGAUGGAGGCUCAAUUAGCUAAUUUAACGGCUAUAGUAAGUAAGUUGAUGACUGGAGGUACUGCGAAAGCUUCACUAUGUGGCAUUUGUUGUUUGGAGGGACAUACCACAGAUAUGUGUCCGACAUUACAGGAAGGGGAAGCUAACGCCGUCUUUCCAAAUCAGAGAAGGUAUGAUUCAUACUCAGCUACCUAUAAUGAGGGAUGGAGAGAUCACCCCAAUCUCAGAUAUCAAAACCGAGCCACACCUCCGGGAUUCGAGCAGUAA